UGAAAUCCAAACACAUCGUUAGGUCGACGUCGGUUUAUUAAAAAAAGAGACAAUCACAAAUCAAUUUCCAUAUUUAUAUAGUCAUCAACAUUAUACUAAUACACGCGCACAUAUACUCAACACGAUCGCACCUAAAUUAUAAUUAUUAAAUGUCAGCAUUCGACGUGACCCACUUUUAGUUUCACCGUGUAAAAUAAAAAGUUUAAUUUGUUAUUUAAUUAUUUUCAUACUAUUACACGCCCCCUGAAAACGUAUGUUACAAGCCUACGGCGUACGCCCGCCGCCGCCUUCACCUUCCCUCGUGCGCAGAUGCUGUCCAUCUGCGACAUCGUGCUGAACCACACCGCCAACGAGAGCGCGUGGCUGCGCGCGCACCCCGAGGCCACGUACAACUGCGCCAACUGCGCGCACCUCCGCCCCGCCGCGCUGCUGGACGCCGCCCUGGCGCGCCUCGCCCGCGCCACGGCCGCCGGCAGCCACGCCCCCGCCGGCGUGCCCGCGCGCCUCGCGCACAACCACCACCUGCAGGCGCUGGAGCGCGUCAUGGCGGCGCAGGUGGAGCAGCUGCGCCUGCACGAGAUGUUCUGCUGCGACGUGGAGCGCCUGCUGCACGACUUCUGCGCCAUGGCCAGGAACAAGGCGUCGUGCGCGGACGAGGAGGCGCGCCUGGCGGCGUGCGGCGCAGCGCUGCGGCGGCGGCUGCAGGCGCUCAACGCGGCCGCCGCCGCCGCCGUCGCCGCCCACUUGCGCGCCGCGCUCGACAACUGCAUCGCCUGCGUGCGGUACGAGAGGUUGCAGGAGGACGGCCCGCGCAUCGAGGAAGUGAGCGAUAAACAUCCGCUGGUGCCGAGGUACUUCACGUGGACGGACGAGGACCUGGCGGACGCGGAGGCGUGCGUGUGGGGGGAGGGGGGGGAGCGCGUGAGCGCGCACAACGGCUGGGUGAUGGACGCCGACCCGCUGCAGGACUUCGCCGCGCCCGAGCAUGACGCGCGCGUCUAUCUGCGCCGGGAGCUCAUCGCCUGGGGGGACAGCGUCAAGCUCAGGUACGGCGCGGGCCCGGAGGACAGCCCGUUCCUGUGGGCGCACAUGCGCGAGUACGUGGAGCUCACGGCCGAGCUGUUCGACGGCCUGCGCCUGGACAACUGCCACUCCACGCCGCUGCACGUGAGUCCGCCACACCACGCCUCUUACAAUUAUAACUAAAGCGUAGAAACCAUCCUAAAAUACAUAUUUUCGUCGUUUUUUUCCUUACGACCCGUCUUAAUGCGUUAAAAAGAAAUAUAUUAGUAUUAGUCAUGUCUCAAUUUAUGUAAAUUUGUAGCAAAGUAAAGUUUGUCGAAAACAAACAACUCAACGAUGAAAGGUUAUUGAUAGUGAGAAUUUUCUUUUCUUCUGUGGGAGACUUGCAGCCCACGAUAACAGAAGAUUUUUUAUCACAGAAUUCCUUUAACUCUCAGGUCUUACAAUUACAAAUAAUACUUUGAAUUUUAUUUGAAUAAAAAUGAGAGGUAUUUUUUCUAACAGAUAUUCCAAUUACCGUGUAAGUAAUAAUGUGACUAUGAUGCUACGAAGUGAAGUUGUCAUAUAUUUAAAUAAGAUUAAGAGAAUAUAAGGACCAUUUAUUCUAGUAAUAUAAAAACUGUGAAUACAUCCAACUACGUAACCAAUGCAUCCAAGUUUGAUAAUCAACUCGUGACAUCCUUAUUAAUUAAGAAACAAAUGUGAAUUCGUUAUCUCAUUUACUAUAGGCAAUUUCAAUCGCGUUAUUAUGAGACAUAUAGUUAUUUCCAACUCUUAAUUUUAUCAUGGUUUCUGUGCUUUAGUAAUUAAUCUAUGGAUGAACUUGAAUAACGACUACGAACACUUUAAUCGUCGAUGUCCACGACUAGAGUUGUGACAUUUUAAAUCGAUAUGGAAUUCAAGCGAUCGAGUACUAAUCGACUACUCGAAUCGAUUAAAGAUUAAAGAAUCACCGUUUAUAUGUUCAUAAUAAAAUACUUACUUACCUGUUUUUAGUAUAUAUAUGUAUAUGUAAACAUGUGUUGGCGGGAAGGUGGCGGAGUAUCUGUUGGACUGCGCGCGGAACGUGAAGCCGGAGCUGUACGUGGUGGCGGAACUGUUCACCAACUCGGACCACGUCGACAACAUCUUCGUCAACCGCCUCGGCAUCACCUCGCUCAUACGAGGUGCGUAUGCUCCACCUCCUCGCCUCCCCGCCUCUCCGUAUAUUUUUUAAUAAAUAUGUGCUAA